AUGGGUGUUGAGCGCGGCGACGCCGAACCGCUCCUGCGCGCGUCUCGCGACGUCGAGCGCGCGUCGGACGACGCGGAGACGACGGCGGCGAAGCUCGCGGUCGAUCGAACGCGCGGCGCGGCGAGCGCGAGGCUGGUCGUCGGCGCGUGCGCGGUCGCGGCGUGCCUCGUCGGGGCGAGCGCGAGGGCGGAUUGGGCGCACCGACGCGGCGGCGCGCUCGCGGAACGCGAGGAAGUCGAGGCGUUCGGACGGGAAUUGAACGUCGGUGAUCUGAGUAAAUAUUACGAGAUUCCGAGGAAGGCGAAGUCGGUGAAGCAGACGCACGCGAAUCGAGUGCUGUUUUACAACUUUUUGCACGUGCCGAAGACGGGUGGGACGUUUUUUCACUCGGUGUUGCGACAGGUGGAACGCAGGGUGAAUCGUAAGCCGAAGCAGGAGGCGUUCCUGGGCGAAGAAUUAUUUCCUCACGAUCAUGAGUCGAUCGCGCAGUGGAUCACGUGGCCUUUGGUCGAUACGACGAGAGAAAAUUACGCGGCGACGCGGCGGCACUUUGCCACGGGCGAACCCGCGGAGUACUUUGGCGUGGAUCGUUUGCGGAAGAUGUAUGAAUCAGGGGCGCGGAUUUUUAGCAAAGGCUCCUACGGCAUGGGACUGUGCGAGGUCGUUGACGCCCCGUGUGCGUACAUCACAAUCUUAAGAGACCCAGUCGAGCGGUUUUUAAGUCACUACAAGUACUCGUGCUUGGCCGGGGCUGAAAAUCGUCGGCUGUGGAACAAGGCGAUGAAGGACAAGGGCGAGUGCGCCAUGAACCUCGUAGAGUGGCACGAUUACUUGGGCGGUGAUAAUUGGUUGCACGUCCUCGCACCGGGCGGUGGGGAGAACAAAGACGCUCAAGUCGCUGCGGCGAUCGCGAAUUUGGACGACCCGUGCUUUAAAUUUCUGUUGACGGAGAAACUCGACGACGGUUUAGAAAAGCUCACAACUUUACCCGAUUUUGCGCGGCUCAACGCGACGCUUUUAGCCAAUUUUGCGCAGCACAACGAAGCGCCCGAGCUCGAUGCGCACCAGCAGCGCCUCUACGACAGGCACGUGGCGAACGAAGACAUGAUGGCGCAUUUGCGUCGCAACCUGCGCAAGUCGCUCGCCGUGUACGCGCACGCGAAGAGAACGUACGAGCGCAAGUGGCGGCAGCGCCUUCUUUCGUGUUGA